UGGCCAGUCUGCCAGGAGCUCCAGAGAUGGCUCUUUCCCCAGGAGGGAUCCCAUGCCACCUGCAAGACAGCAUCACCGCCUUGCUGGGGUCAAAGGAAAUCAUCCUGGUGAAGCCUGUCCAGCUGCAGGUCAAAUCCAAGUAUGAAGACGACAUCUUGGUUUUAACCCCCUGGAGGGCGUAUGUGCUGCAGGUGCUGCUCCCGGGCAGGGUGUGGAGCAGCUUCAGCUUCCUGGAGGUGAGAGAGAUCAGGAUCCAGGAGCCCAGCCUGGUUGUCAUAGAUACAGAUACAGCCUCUUUCGCCUUCCGGCUCGUGUCACUGGACGACUUGGAGCAGGUGGUCAGCCAUAUCAUCAUGUCGCUUAAGAAGGUCUUUCCAGACUCUUUCCCCGGAAAACUGCUCAAAAACUAUCCCCCCAGUUUGUUCGAGAGAAUUCAAAGAAUAACAGACUCCCUGAAGGAAAUGCUGCAGAAUAACCAAGGACCGUGUGGUGGGUUUUCAGAGACAUAUGCUGCUUUAUGUGACUACAACGGCUUCACCUUCAGAGAGGAGAUCCAGUGGGAUGUGGACAAUAUCUACCACAGCCAAGACUGCCGAGAGUUCAACCUGUUGGACUUCGCUCACCUAGAGAGCAGAGACGUAGCCCUUAGCAUCACGGCGCUGUCGUUUAACCUGUGGUUCACAAAGCUGUACUGUAAGGACUUCAGGCUGAAUCUGGAGAUUUCUGAACAGCUUCUGUACAUGAUCAGCAAAUCGGUGAAACUGGAGGAGCUGGUGCUGGAAAACAGCGGGUUAAAAUAUGAAUUUGCCCAGAGGAUGGCCCAGGCGUUAAGAGGAAACCCGGACUCGGCUCUAAGCACCAUCAGCCUGGCUGGCAACCAGCUGGAGGACAAAGGGAUAACUGCAUUCAGCCAGCACAUCGAGAAACGCACCAAGGGCCUGCGCAGCCUGAACCUCUCUAGGACCUCGCUGACCGCCAAAGGAGCGAGCACUUUAUGCCAAUCCCUUGCAUCUAAUGGAAUCUUCAGCACCUCACUUCAGCACCUGGAUCUCUCGGGGAAUCCUGGCGUCCUUGCCACGGACGAUGCCAGCAGCUUGCACAGCUUCCUCAGCCACGCAAACUCGGUGUCUCACCUUAAUCUGGCCGGCACUGACUGUGCUUUGGAUGCACUGUUCGGCGCAUUGGCCAUCGGAUGCUGUGCCAACCUCGCCCACCUGGAUCUCUCCAAAAAUGUGUACUCGCACAAAAAGCCGAGAGAUGUCCCUCCGGCCAUCAAACUGUUCUUCAGCAAGGCAGCUGCCCUCCGAUACGUCGGCCUGGCGUGUACCAAGCUGCCGCCAGAGGCCGUAAGGGCCUUGCUGCAGGGGUUAGCGUCUAACUCUCAGAUCAGUGACCUGCACCUGGACCUCAGUAGCUGCGAGUUGAGAUCGGCAGGUGCCCAGGUGAUCCAAGAUCUGAUUUUUGAUGCCAAUGCGAUUAGCAGUUUGGAUUUAGCAGACAAUGGCUUUGAUGCUGACAUGGUCACGUUGGUGCUGGCGAUUGGCCGAAGCAAAUCCAUUAGGCAUGUCUCCUUAGGAAAGAAUUUUAACAUCAAAUCCAAGGACAAUCUGGCCGACGUUCUCCACCGGAUUGUUCAGCUCACGCAGGAAGAUGACUGUCCUCUUCAAUCCCUGUCCGUGGCCGAAUCGCGACUGAAAUUGGGAACCAACGUCCUCCUGAACGCCCUGGGCAGUAACACCAGCCUCAGCACACUGGACAUCAGCGGGAACACCAUUGGCGACACUGGAGCCAAGAUGCUGGCCAAAGCCUUGCAGAUCAACACAAAACUCAGGACAGUAAUUUGGGACAGAAACAACACCACGGCCCAUGGAUUCCUUGAUGUUGCCCGUGCUUUGGAAAGGAAUUACACCCUGCGGUCCAUGCCAUUGCCAAUGAGCGACGUGACUCAGGCUUAUCGGAGCAAUCCGGAGAAGACGGAGGAGGCUGUCCACAAGAUGCAGUCUUUCCUGGCGAGGAAUCAGAUGCGGCGGACGCUGCCUAAGCAAACCUUCCGGCUGCAGCAGGGAAUCGUCACCAGCUCCUCGGAACAGAUGGUGAAUGAGAUGUGCACGAGCCUACAGAAGCAUGUUGAUGCCCUGAGUGCCCGUCUGGGCCGAGAGGUGGAAGCCAGUGUCCUCUGUGCACAAGAAGCCAUUCAGGAAGCAAACCUGUCCAUCAGCCUUUUGCCGCUCCUAUACGAGACGGGGAACGCCCCAUACCAGAACUGCCAGCUGCAGCACAAGCUGGAAUGCCUCACUGAAGCAGCCUCACAGGCCUGCAGCCGGGAGAUCCAGGCUAUUAUGCAGGCCGUGCUGGAUACCACCCAGAAUCUGUGUCCUACAAUUCUGCAGAAGAGUGGCGUUCGGGACCGGCUGGUCCACACGAUCUCUGAGCGAAUCAUCCUUCAGGAUCGCCUCCACCUGAGCACCGUCUUGGACCAGCUGAUCACCGAUGUGUUCAGCAAGCUAACCGAAAUCAGGCUGUCUGUCAUUGCGGCCGUGGCCGACGGGCUGAUCGACGAGGUGCUGGAGGACCUGACAAGUGCUCAGUGCAGGCUGGCAGAAAAUCUCCCCAAGCAAACUCCGGAUCUUCAUGUGCUACAGCCAGACAAUCCUGAGGAGGAGGAUUUUCUGCUAAGGAAGAGCAGGAAUCUGCUGGAUGUCGCUGAGCAAAGCUUUGCGGCUGAGGAGUAUAAGAUGGCUCUGAGGAGGAAAAACAAGCACUUCAGGAGCAUCCGGCCCACGCCUGCCAUGAGAAGUCGGUCGGAGCUCGAUCUUCAGGCAGAGGCAGAAGAUAAGGAGAUUGGAACUCACCAGGCUCUGCUGUCAGUCAGCUGUGCCUCUCUGAAGUCACGCCCUGCCUCCACAAAGGAUGCUGAGACUGGAAGCAGUUUGCUUCCUUUCCCAGAGCCUGCACCCACACAAUCCCUUAUGGACCUGCCAACUGAGGGAGAGAAACUGGAGCACUACACCCGAGCUAGGCCCCGACCCCACCGCAGGAACAAGCAGCCUCCAAGCAAGCCCCAUGUCCAGCCCGCCCCGUCUGAGAAUGACGAGGACAGAAGCAUUACUUGCGUGGAUGAAGGGCUAGAGGAGUUCUUUACGAAGAAGCUGAUCCAAGAGGAACCGCCCCCAGCCCCCCGGGGGAUCUCUCCUGGCUCAGCCCCCCUCGCGCCAUCUGGCACCCGGACUUUCAAAAAGAAAAUAGGGAACUUCUUUGCAUUGAAGAAGCCGAAGUCCAGCAGGGGCUGGAAGUGCGAGAAGGAGCCGGAGGGCAGGAAGUCCACGCGCAGUGACAUUUCAAAGCCUCCCAGUAAGGCAGGGGAGCCUGGGAAGGCGCUGAGCAAAUCCGAAGAGGGUGGGCUUGCCGUGGAGCCCAGGGCCAAUGCAGAGCCCAGCCAGACCCUCGAUGCCGCCCACAGGGUCAGGCCCAAGUACUCCCGAGAGGGCAAGUCACAGUCACUCAUACUCCUGUGUGGUGAGGACGAAGAGGCCUUAGGAGUGAAACAUGAAAAGAGGCGGCACUUGGAGAAGAGCGACGGGGAGAUCCCCAGCUCCUUCGAGCAGCGCGUCCACGUGAUGCUGCACCGGAUCGGGGUCACCAAAGUCCUGUCGUCCGAUGGCAAGAAGCAGAGUAAAGAAGGAGAGAUCAAAAAAGCUGGUUCAGAUGGAGACAUCAUGGACAGCUCGGCAGGCUCCCCUCCCCUCGUCUUGAAAUCUCGCACACACUCCAUGUCCACAGACCCGUCUGCGCGAAGCGGCCCUGCCGACACAGCGGGCCGAGCUGCAGCCGAGCCCAGCCGCGGGCCCAGCGACGUGCGGCUCUCCUGGAAGGCCCUGGGGAAGCAGCUGAAUGCCGAGCUCAAGGGCAAGUGUUCUGAACUCCAUUCUUCCCCCAGGCGCUCCUUUGUCGUUCAAGAGCAGAGCAGCCCCACGGAGCAGCAGGUCCGAGAGAGCUGGAGCAGCAGCUUGCCCAGGACCGGGAGGAUCACGCCUGCCCCUGCCCCAAGGAGAAUUAGCAACGCAGGAGCUAGCAGGGACAGCGUCGAUGCAAUCGCUGCAGACAAUUGCCUGAAACCCAAGCCUCGUUUGAAAAAUGUGGCCACCAGGCGUGCCAUUUCCGUUCACGAAGAACAGCUCAGGGAGCAGGGCUGCACGGCCGCUCUGGAGAGUGUAAAAAUCCCCCUGCGCCUGCAGCGCUCGCCAGUCCUGAAACGGAAACCUAAGCCCAGCUCCAUGGUGGAUGUGGCGGGGAGCACCACGCCCAGUGCCCCGGCAGCAUUGCAGGGUAAGGAUGAGCUACCCUACAGCCUGUGCACAGGGCAUGGCACCUGCACCAACUCAGAGCCCUUUCCCCUUCGGCAUUCUCCCCCCAGGCCCAGUCCACGCCUCUUCCCUACACCUGCGCGCUGCACUGGGCCUGAUCCUGCUCUCACCCCUACUAAUGUAAGGUGGGAGUGGCCACCCUGAGGCCAGUGCAGUUACACUGGUGUAAAGGGGGAGAAUCUGGCCCUACGGGGACAGGUGCACAGAGACUAAAGCAGCCAGUCAGGCCCCUUCCCUCUUAUUGAGCUGCGGCUCCCUUUGUUGCC